UGUCACAAGUCAAAGCGGAGAAAGGUUUCCACGUGCCGCCAGUCGGUGACUUUGAAGCACGGACCAUUUGCAACACGUUUAACUUGAGGAAAGCACAGCUUGGAGCUUGGGCCUCUGAGCAAAUAUUGACACCUGACACUCAAGGCACCAACAACAUCCAAUCGGCCGCGGACGGCAAGCUCACGAAAAACGCUCGCCUUGACAGAGCCGACCCUUCUUCCGUCACUCUUGUACAAACCCACUCCCGGACUUCAACCCAGUUAGCCCGCAAAUACCGUCAACAUGUCUUGGUUCGGCGUCACCCCCCUCAAGAAGUUCCCCGCCCCCGUUUUGGGGCCGAUGGCUCCCUUCUUCGCUGCCGGUUUGGUCAUCGCCUACGGUAUCAACUCUCUCCAGGGCGCUCUCAUGCAGUCCGAUGAGUGGAAGAACGACCCCCGCAACAUCUACGCCAAGAACAAGCCCGCCCACUAAGCGAUCCUUCGAAAGAAAGAAAGAAAGAGGCGAUGGUGCGAUGAUGCAAUAGACGACACGAACAAGACAGCUUUUGGCAGACCCUAGACCUAUCGAGAACCCCGAUUACCCCCCAAUGGACCCCCCAAUGGACCGUUAUCUUCAUCAGCAGGAACUGGCGCCAGUGUAUUAUAAUGGGAGAAACAAGCCGGAAUGAAGUGACUUGUGUGUGUCGGAUGUCGGAUAUUGCGUUCAAGACGGCCGUG